AGCCAAAGCAGGCGGCAUGAGGAGGCUUGAUUCGGUACACUUAUCCAUGCUGCUCAUCGGGGUCUCCUUCGCCUGCUACUCCCCGAGUUUGAAUUCCCUGCAGGACCAGGCUUACAGAUCCGCCGUGGUGAUUGAAGGCAAGGUGCAGUCCGCGCGUCAGAACGCAUCCGAGGAGCCGUAUAGUGUGAAUGUCAAAGUCCUGGACGUGUGGCCGCGGAACAGCGGGGGUCUGGAGCGGGAGCAGCUCGUCACCGUGGGGGAAUUUGGCUCAGAGACUUCGUGCGCUAAAGUGAAAAAGAAUCACAAGUAUAUAUUUUUCAUGGACCCGACUGACGAGCCAUUGGUUUUCAAAGCAUCCUUCGCUCCCUUAGAUACGAGUGAGAAGAAUCUGAAAAAGGAUGUUGGCAGGAUCUUGUGUGAAGACUGCGCUCUUGGUCCUGAGUUAAAGCCGAUGAAGAAAACUGUGUUGGUGGACGAGGGACGCAAACUGAUCGUGAAGUGCGAGGCCUCUGGCAACCCCACCCCAGAUUACAAGUGGUACAAAGAUGGCGCUGAGCUGAGAAAGAGCAAACAGAUCAAAAUCAGGAACGUCAAGAAAACCUCCAAAGUUCAGAUCGGCAGUGCAAAGCUGGAGGAUUCUGGGAAUUACACGUGUGUUGCAGAGAAUAUUGUGGGGAAGGUCAACGGCACCAGUACUGUACAUGUACAGAGCAUAACCACAACGUUAUCUCCAGGAUCGGGUCACGCCAGAAGAUGCAACGAUACAGAGAAGGCGUAUUGCGUGAAUGGCGGCGACUGUUACUUCAUACAUGGGAUAAAUCAGCUGUCCUGCAAGUGUCCAAAUGACUUUACUGGUGAUCGCUGUCAAACCUACGUUAUGGCCAGUUUCUACCAGUCUCUUGGGAUUGAAUUCAUGGAGGCAGAGGAGCUCUAUCAGAAGAGAGUCCUGACAAUCACCGGCAUAUGUGUGGCUCUUUUGGUGGUGGGCAUUGUCUGUGUGGUGGCCUACUGCAAAACCAACCUCCCCCCCAGGAAACAGAGGAAGAAGAUGCACAAUCACGUGAGGCAGAACAUGUAUGUGGAUCACCCAAACCGUAACCUGGCCAACGGACCCAAUCACCCAGGCCCUGGUCCUGAGGAGAUACCCAUGGUAGAUUAUAUCUCCAAAAACAUCCCGGCAACCGAGAGAGUCAUUAGACACGGAGAAGAGGCUCCUUUUCCCGACAGCCGGCAGUCUUCCAGAUCUCACCACUCCACAAUCCGGGCCCUUUCUGCCACUCACAGACAAGAGGGGAGAACGUGGAGUCUGGAGCGAACAGACAGCGUCCUCUCCGACUGUCCUUCUGGCAUGAUGUCGUCCUCAGUGGGGACCAGUAAAUGCAACAGUCCUGCGUGCAUGGAGGCGCGGGCCAGGCGUGCCGCACACUGUGGCUUUACUGAGCCCCACCGGCCCCCCCUGCAGUACGGCGACUCAUUCGACUCGCUCGGGGACUCUCCGCAUAGCGACAGGUAUGUGUCGGCCCUGACCACGCCCGCUCGCCUGUCUCCCGUGGACUUCCAUUACUCACUGCCCCCGCCGGUGCCUACCUUCCAGAUCACGUCUCCCAAUGCCAGCCACGCCAUGUCUCUGCCUCCCGCCGCCCACGCUCCUUACCCACCGGAGGAGGACCAGCCCCUGCUGCGUCGCUACCAGGUGCCCCUGCACGAGGCCCGGGGCCACGAGCCCUACCGGCAACAGCAGCGCGGCAGCUACCUGCGAGACAGCACCGGCAGCCUGCCCUCCAGCCCCUACCGGCUGUCUCAAGACGAGGAGUACGAGAGCACCCAGGAGUACCUCUCCUCGAUGGAGCAACCAAAGAGAAGCAGUCGGCACUGGCGCAGGUCCAGACUAAACGGCCACGUGGCACCGCGUGGCUACCAGCCGUCCCGGGACUUGGGCUCACGAAGCUGCCUGUCAGACAGUGACUCAGAGGAGGAAGGUGAGAGCACGCCCUUCCUCAGUAUGCAGAACAUGAACGCCGCCGAGUCCUCCGCCCUCUACAGGCCCGCACCCGACACACGGACUUCUCACGCCCAGAGCGGGCGGCACGGGCCUCGUGCCAGCACACAGACCAGACUGACGCACCCGCGCCCCAAACUGGACAAUGCACCCCACUAGAGAGACCGCCACCUAUCCACAAAGUCGAUCUACUAUAGACAUGCACCUAUAAGAAAUAUUUUUAUUUUAUAUAACUGACAGAUAUUCUAAACAAAUGAAAUAUUUAUUUUCAUUUUAGCAAAAGUUGUCUACUAGUUAACAGCAAAGACUUUUUUAUAGGGAAAACUCUAUUUAUAUGUACAUUUUGAUUUACAGCAUAAAAAAGAUGUGCCAAUUUUUUCACAACUUAAGAAAAAAUAGAGUAAUAUUGUGGUGCCUUUUGCUGUAUGCCGACGCCAGAGGGCCAGUGGAGUUUUUUGUAGCCUUUCUUAUACGGACGCCUCAUUUUUUUAUACUCGUUUUCGUUGUCUCUUUUUGGCCUUUUCCUUGAUUUCCUUUCCAGUUUGUGUUCUUUUGGGAACUGACCCCCAUUUGAACUGUGACAUUGCCCUCUUUUACACCCCCACCCCUCACCCCCCCACCAUCAUGCAAUAUAAACCACUCUAACAUAA